CCAGCGUGCCCAUGUCAGGGGUUACUGGGCCUGGCCACAGCCAGUGACGUUUCAGAUGUUUAUUACUGCGAUGGAAGGGAUUGAGGACAUUUCUUUUAGUCCUCUGUUUUGGGGAUACGCCUGGUGCCUGCUACAUGGAAAGCGUACCGAGAAGUCGAUCGUGGGGACAGGUAUGGGUUGCACGGCACAGCACUGUCUAGGACCGCCAGCCGGGGUCCACGCGACAGCCCGGAAGAGAACACACACCAAAGCACUGCCACGCAGGCAGAGCCCGCCGCUCCUGGCACCGACCUCGGCAGACGAGACGCGUCCCGCCUCUUAGAUGUGCGCACGCGUGUACUCUAACUUCCGUCCUCCGUUGAGCAUUAAGUGCAACCCUCGACCGGAACCGGAAGUGGACCCCCAAGUCAGGAGGAAGAAGCCGGCGCGGCCCUGUCAGCAGCCGGCCGCGGCUGUUCUGAAGGACGGUGGCCGCGCUCCCGUAAGCGGGUCUGGGGUCCAGCCGGCGGCCCGAAGGCGCGGCGCCAUGAAGCUGUACAGCCUCAGCGUCCUUUACAAAGGCGACCCCAAAGCGGUGCUGCUCAAAGCCGCGUACGACGUGUCUUCCUUCAGUUUCUUCCAGAGGUCCAGUGUUCAGGAAUUCAUGACCUUUACCAGUCAGCUGAUUGUGGAACGCUCAACAAAAGGCAGCAGAGCCUCUGUCAAGGAACAAGAGUAUCUUUGCCAUGUCUACGUCCGGAGUGACAGUCUUGCAGGUGUGGUCAUUGCUGACAGUGAAUACCCUUCGAGAGUGGCCUUUACCUUGCUGGAGAAGGUACUAGAUGAAUUCUCCAAGCAGGUCGAUAGGAUAGACUGGCCAGUAGGGUCACCUGAUACAAUCCAGUACACAGCCCUGGAUGGUCACCUUAGCAGAUACCAGCAUAACACCAUGGAGUCUUUGUUAGAGCGAGGCGAGAAGCUUGAUGACCUGGUAUCCAAAUCAGAAGUACUGGGAACACAGUCGAAAGCCUUCUAUAAGACUGCCCGGAAACAAAACUCAUGCUGUGCAAUCAUGUGAUGUGGCCCACAGAGGCAGGCGCUGGAUCGUCGCGUCACAUCAGAGCUGCAGCUCCUGCAGAUGAAGCGAUGCCUGAAGAUGUGGAGCCAGGCAGACUGGCUGUUUUUAUUUUGAUGUUCUCAAGAGGAACGGAGGGAUGACUUAAGGGUGGGAACAUUGACGUUCACAUGUGUGGCUGUGACUUCGGGAAAGAAUUUGAGGUCCUCAAACAUGUAAUGUUGGGAAAAUGAAACCAUAAACUCUAAGUGGCUCUUAUAGGUGCUGAAGGGCUUAUUCUCAGCUAACCCUGAAAGGCUCUGUGGGAGGGAAUCUUUCUCCUUAGGAUUUCAUUUGUGCAUUAACGAUAUUAACUCUCCAGUGAAUGGGGUGGGGGGAGGGGGUCUCGGGUGAUAGGGCUGGGUGGGCAGAGUUUGAACACUCCAGAAUUCUAGUCUCUUGCACUGUGGGGGCUGGGAGAAGCUCACCAUGAGUGAGGACUGUCAACGUGGUCACUGGAUCCCUCUGUUUGACUUAACUGUCUGCUAGAAUUGGCAUCUGCCAGGAACAGGGCCCAUCCUAAGUACCUUCGUCCAGUGCCACAAACUUGUGGGAGGUACUUAGAAUGGGCUAGAAGGGCAAGAUGUGUGAGUUGUGGUUUUAUCAGCCAGCAGACUGUUCAGACUGGGGCUGCUCUGGUGUCGGGAGGGUCAGCUGGGAGUGUCCAUCUUCAAGGGAAGACGCAGACACAGGUGCCCUCAGCUGUCCAGUGUGGAGGCACACGCGCCGUGACUUGCAGUUGGACUUUGACAUUAAGAUUGAAAUAGUGGGUGCUGUCAUCUCUCAAAGCUGGUUUUCUUUGUCUCUGUCUACAAGGCUGUUUUGGCAACUGCUUGGGGCCUACAUGUUUGAGCAAGUCAUUUCUGUGGGUACCAGGGACAGGUGCCAGCAGCCCGUAGGGUCCCAGCACCCAACUGUGUUCUGUCCAGCUCUGGCUUACAGCCCCUUCCCAAUCAGAGACAGCCACAGGGUAGAUGUUGACAGGUUGGUCUGAGCUAGCACCCACUGCCAGCACAAUCUGUGUGGUGAGCCCAGGAUGUGCUGGGUCCCACAUUGCCUCUUCCUGUUCUGCUGUGCACAGAGUAUGUCAUGAGAGCCUGUCUCCCCAGAAGCAACCGCUGGGAUGCUAGCCUCCAUGAGUUUUGAGCCAGAGUUGUCUUACUCUGAUGAUCCCUGCCCUGAGCCUGUUGAGCAACCCUCAAGAGUGUCCGUAUGGGGAGGGGGUGUCUACUAUGGCUUUCAAAAUCCUUACUUAUAGUAUAUCUGCCUAUUGCUCUGGGUACUGCUAGCCAAAGGGCUCAGGCUCCCCCCUGGAGUGGCCUGCCCGUGUCAUUUCCUGCUGUCACAGACUCCCCGUCCCAGGGUCCUGGUCAGCACAGAUCCGGUCUGUUGCUGGCACUCGAGGUGGAGUAAUUGGCCUGGGUACUCCUGUUUUCUUGCUCUGGAGGGUGCUGGGGAAGGGGGGUGGAGGCAGACAUUUAUGGGAAAGAGGCAACUUUCACCUUUAUGGCUGUCCUACCAGUAUCACUCGCCCUUCAAUGGAGAAUUGCCAUGUGUUUCCUGUCCCUCCCCCCCAUUAUAUUCUAAUGUUAAAUCACUUGGCAAAGUGUAUUUUAAUAAUGCCUAAUUUCUCUGUUCUGUUUGAAGGUUUCUGUCUAUAUAAAAUUGUCUUUUGAAAUUCCAA